AUGCCAUUACAUUAUUGGUUUUAUCCUACUUUUAUUUUCAUGUUCCUUUUUUUAUUCUGCCUUUUUAAUAAGAACACAUCCAAUAUCAAUUUAUAAUUGAAAAAGUAAUGGGCAACUAUUUUAUUUAAGAAUCUAUUGAUUGGAGCCUUAAUUUAUAAUAAACAUAAUUUGAACAAUUAACUAUCACAGGAUGGCUCAAUAAUUAAGAAUUCAACUUUAUAUAAAUUCCCUAAGAUCCUUGUAUUAACAACAAUAGCUUUACGUUCUUCUAAAAAUUUUUUUCAUGAACUCUUUGGCUAUUUAGAUUAUGGGUUGGCUUCAAUGAUAUUACCUAAUGUAUAUUGCUUAUAGCUAUAAAAAAUUAUAGAAAAUUUGCCACAAUAUAAUAGAUCAAUAGAUAUACCAAUAACUUCUUGGUUUUGGAAGGGGGAGAAUAUAUUUUAUUUAGCAGAAAUAUGUUUCAACUUUAUAAAAAGCUAAUGA